AUGGAUGAAGAACAGGGGGGAACGUUAACGUUCCCCCCAGUUCAACCAUACCUUUCCGAAAAGAGUAAAUUAAUUUGGGAUAAUUUAAUUUCGAAAAAAACGAUAUCUCAAGCUGACCUAGAGGAGUUAGCGAGAGAUAUCGACAGCUUAAAAAACAAAACAGAUGUUGCCAAUUUUGAUAUUUUUAUUCAGAACCUCGAAUCGAUGGAAGCAAUCAUAAGUCUUUUAUCUUUUUCCGACCAGAUGAAUGCUCAAGCGAAAAAGAAUUUUUCCAAAACACAGGUUACUAGGAAUUUGGCUCAAUUAAGAUAUAAAGAGACAGAUAAAGCUCCAUUUUCGGUAAUCAUUGAAUCAAAAAACAACAAUAUUCACCCUAUGAAUAUAGGGAAAAUAUUGGCGACCAAUAAUAUAGAGGGAAUCAAACAAUUGAGUAGAAAGGGAGCCAACAAAGUUGCGGUUGACUUCAAUAACUUUAGCCAAGCAAAUGAUUUCAUUGACAACGAAACAAUUUUUGAUGAAAAUUAUUUAAUCUAUGUUCCAUCCCGUUUGGUGACUUGCAGGGGGGUUAUUAGCGAUGUUGGAUCUGACGUUGUAGACGAGGACAUUCUGAACUGUGAAUCACCGAUUAAAAUUGUGAGCGCCAGAAGAUUAAAUAAAAGAAAGGUGGAAAAUGGACAAGUCAACUAUGUACCUUCUGCUUCAUACCUUAUAACGUUCGAAGGAAAGACCCUACCCAAAUACCUGGGUAUCUGCUAUAACAAAAAGGAAGUGAAACUCUAUAUUUCGCCUGUCAUACAGUGUUAUAAUUGUCUUAGGUAUGGACACACAAAAAAAUUAUGUCGAGGUAAGAAAAGAUGUCGUAGAUGUGGAGAAAACCAUGAGGAGGCGGAGUGUGAAUAUGAUAUGCAGUAUGCCAAAUGUGUAUUCUGCAAAGAAAACAAUAACCACGAAUCGACAAAUCGUUUGUGCCCCGAGUAUAGUAGACAGAAAGCCAUCCGGGAAAAAAUGGCAGUGGACAACCUGUCAUAUUUUGAGGCCGAGCAAUUUUUUAGGUCGAAUAACUUAAAUACAAGAAACGUUCAGGCAUUUCCAGCUCUGCCAUCGCAGUCAAGUCGCCACUCGCGAGCUGAGGUGGUGGAAGCCCCACACCGAAGACUGUUGCUUAAAACACCGAUGAAGCCGUAUAGUAACAUAGUAGCAUCCCCUAAAAAACGUAAAAAUCCAUCCUCCCCAGGUUACGAUUCUGAGAAACACAAAAUUGCACUAACAAAUUAUUCCCCUGCCAGAGCUCAAUCGAACGGUUUUAUGUUCCAAUCCGAGAACAAUUCAUCUGUUAUCCAUUCAGAUAAUCGCCCUAGUUCUUAUACAAAUAGGGAAACCUCAGGACUAAGUAAUGAGAUGUUGUUCGCAGAAGUAGACGGCUUUUUAAGCCAAGAAUCCAUAUGUCCACAGAGUUUAGAAUCUAUCAAAAAUAUAAUGAAAGAAAUUUCCCAGAGAGUUCGUUCUCCUUCGGAGGACGAUUUCUACUAG